CAGCGGUCGACGGCCCGUUGGUCAAAGACUUGAGCGCACGCGUUUCAUUGCCCGCCAAGGAUCUGCUCCCACCUGCACCCACACAUCUACCGUGACUGCCCCAGCAAGACGGCGCGACAGCCAGAGGUCCCGCUCGAAAUUUCUAGCCGGCCGCGACAAGAGCUUCGUAGCCACAUGCUGCCCUGCCACUUGCCUUCUCAAGCUUUUGCUACUACUCGGUUCCCGCCUGGGGCCCACUCGACCUGGGGGACCACGCCAAACCUUGCCAGGCGCCCAGAGCCUUGCCUCAGCAAACAACCGCCAGCUAUCUGCGCACAUUCGGUCUCGAUCAGGUCCGAGGGCGCGGGCAGAUAGCCUAGACGCCGACUACCAGCAGCACCGGACCUAGCCUUUCCAAGGUACUCUCCAUUUCCUGGACACAGCUCGCUUCUGCGCCCGCCGUCUCCGCCGUCGGAUUCAGACCCUGGACGGCACACGCCCGCGCGCAACGUACCGAUGACCGAGUGACCCCCCCAGAGCGCCGCCGAAGAUGGAAAGAAAGAGGAAGAUGCCGGCAAGGGCUGCCGCCCGCGUUGAGCAGGCGUCCAAGAAGAGGACAGCCACGCCCCCAGACAAUCGCUCCGCGACGCCCGUCGCUGCUCCGCCGCCGCCCGUCGAGGAGCCCGCCGCUCCUCCACCCCAGCCUCUGCCCAAGUCCGUCCAGCCGGGCAAGCCCCUGCCUGUCGUCGACGAGCCACAACCCGAGAGCUUGCCUAGCAAACACUAUCAGUCCAUCGCAGAGAGUGGUGUUGCCGGCGAGUCUCUGCAGCGGUCGCGUCAAAAAUGGCUAAGCGAGGGUAUAUUCGAAAAGUACUGGACCAAGCCUACAAAGCGGAAAGGCGUCGUGAUCGAGGAGCCGAACAACCCGCCCAAGGACAGCAUGUCGAAGCUAGGCACCGUAACUGUCACGGUCGAGCCACACGCUUUCGAUGCCGUGAUGUACGCCGUCAAGGACCCGAAACCGCCUGCGCCGCUACCCCCUCAGCGGCCAGUGAUCCAGUAUGGGCCGUCCAACGGCACCAUGCCACCACUAUCGACGUCUACCCCCACGCCGACGGCGCCUCCGACCCCUCGCGCGGCCGGAGCACAAAGCCCCGCUCUACCAACCGCCAACGCAACCACGACGCAGUCGGCAGCCAAGCAGGACGCGGAGAGGCCUGCAUCUGCCGUCGAACCUUGCGCCCCCGAGCUGGCGGCGACCCCGGCCGUCCAGCAGGAUCCGUCACUGACGCCGGCACCAGGUACGACACAACCGGCCCCAUUACCACCAAUUGCCAGCCCAAACCCGCAAGCGCCCCCGGGCCAACCAUCAUUUCCGAGCAGACCGCCUCCCCCUCCACCCUCGGCGCUGCCUGCGGCCAAUGGAGCGCCUGCCCCUGCAGCCCACCCUCCCGGCACGGAUCCCAUCAUUGCCAUGUUGGCACACAAGGCGACCGAGGAUGAGAAUCUCCGCGACCUCAUGAAGAGGGUCGCACAAGGCCGCGCUCCCAAGGACGAACUGGAGCGCUUCCAGGCAAUCAUCGAUCAGAUCACGGCCGAGACCAAACGCCAGGGCUCGGUCCAGGGCCCGUCAGCGCACCGGCUCCUUGUCAACGGCAGGACGGUGCGGUACUUUGCCGACGAGGUUCGUGCGAUUCUAGACAUCGUCCUCACCACGAACCCGAGGCAGACAUCGGCAGAUCUUCGACCGCCAGCCAAGAGCGACCCACUCGUUGUGGACCUUGUCAAGGCCGCACUGGACGAGCCUGAGACAAGGGACAUUGUGCGACGCAUUGCCGAGGACAGGCCUCAGUUUGCAGACGCUACUGACCUCAAGUUGAUCUUGGACAAGCUGAAGCAGCGGCUCGCGGCAGGGUCGAAGGAGCAGCAGGAGACAGAUAGUCCUUCGCAAGGGCCCGCCUCUGGGGCCCCUGCCACGGUCAAGCCGAACGGGCAGGCCAACGGGACCGGUGCCGGAACCGGUGCCGGGACGGCGGCUGCCCCCCAGCAAGCGCUGAGAUCCAAGGGCCCGCCGCCAGCGCCAAAGCCCGAGAUAUCCGCGGUUGUGUUCGAAUUCGCCAACGGCACUGGGGAUCGCUACCUGUUUCCCAAGUUCAGCAUCUUGGAGACCAUUCCCAGUCCAGACGGGGUGCGGCUCAUGGCGUCGUUUCUCAUCGUCAGGAAGGGCAGCAAAUCCGAAUAUGGUGUGGACCCUACACUGGAUUACUACCAGCCAGUCACGGUCAAGCUCCAUUCGCCGUCACCAAAGAUUCUUGACCACCUACACAGAGUGGUUGCCCCGCCAGAGGAAGUGAAGAGGUAUAUGAACAACAUCAUGGACACCAUGACGCGGGCCGAGUACGUCCUACUGGCCAUGCGACUGCCGCGCGACACGGGCAAGGAUGAGAAGGAGGGCAGCUCCGAAAAGGACGCGCCUGGAAAGGCCUCGUCGGAGCCCGAAGCCGUCAAAUCUCAGCCAAUGGACGGCGUGCUUUGGACAGCUAAAGCCACCAAGCCGUCCCAGAAGCCGGUAGUCAAGGCGCCAACUGAGGAUGAACAGUACCAGAAGUUCAUUGCCUCUGUCACGCCCAUGGAGGUGGAUGAUGCAUAAUGUGCGCUGUAUGACACGACGAAGUGGUCUUGUUACUCUGAGCUUCCAGGCCAGUUUUUACGAAAAGGAAGGAGGUGCAUCACACAGUUCCCUUUUCCACCAUGAGAAGGCGUUUCAGGUUAAUUUUGGGGUUAUUUCCAUCAUGCUCCAACGAGCUCUUAGAUCCGUUUGACGGACAGCCAGGGCGGCCCUGUGUGAGGGAAUAGGCGACAGUGUCGGAAAAUCAUGGGUGCUGUUUUUUUGUUGUAUAUCUACGCAAUGUUACCUGCUAUACUCAGCGCAGCAGAUGUUUAUUACAUAGGUUACCUGCCUUUCAAUUGCUUUUGCUAUUUGUCAUGGAUAACAUUCCUCCAGACAAAACAUCCACGGUGCCCCGUUGAAUGGUUCAAAUGCC